AUGAACGACAUCCGGUUGCCCUGCUGGAUCAAGAGCAGCCCGACUCUCGUGAUGGCAUCGGCGCUCGCGCAGCUCCUGACGGAUGAACUCGCCGAGACAACCUCAUCUGCAACAGCCGGUGCGCCGCGGCCUCCGUCCGAGGUGUGCGUUCUUGGUGGCAGGGAGCGGUGGCCCCGCCACAACUUUGACGAGGAUAUCAGUAGCAGCAGCAGUGACGACGGCGGAGGCGUUAAUCUAUCCGAUUCGGCUGCCAGCGAAUGUGAGGGCUGUUAUGAUUCUGGCCGUGAUGCAAUGCGCACCGGUGGUGGGGUAGGCACAGGGUACCUACGUAUGGUGGAUCGGUUGCUAGAGCUCAACUCGAAGGAGCUUGACUCUCUCCCGCCCCCGGGGGCCACCGCUACCGCGGCAACAUAUUCGCCCCCGAAGGCCGUCACCGCUCCUGCGACCCCCAUGCCAACGGCUAUCGCGGGGUCCUGGCACCGUGGCAGCGCCGUCCUUUUUACUGGGCAGAACGGCGGGGCCAGCAUGAGCACCCUCGGUGCCAGUCCUGAUAUUCUUCGCGACCCACGAGUGCGAACACUUCUGCGGCUCUCGCGGCUCAACGAUGUUCUCACGCGCGCUGAGACGGCGCAGCGGCUCAUCUCGCGGCGUACCGCGGCUGCUAUGGUGUCCUUCUUUGCCUUUGCCGUGUCGUGCCGAUACAGCGGGCUCCCUGUGGAUCGCACCAAAGGAUUCUUCACAGAGUGCAGUGCCCUCUACACAACCCUGCUUUCGAAGCUGCGCUCGCUUCGCUUCGGCGGCGGCGUCAAUCUCGAGGACUUCACCGCCUCACUCGUGGCAUGUGGACUGAAGUUGCGCGACGAUGAGGAUGUCGAAGGGGACGAGAAAGACGGGCGCGGUGGCACGAACGAGGCUGGCGCGACCGGCGCGGUUACAGCGGGCAUCUCGUGCAGCGGCCGCAGCAACAGCAGCAGCGCUGUAGCGUCUGGUGCAGCGGCAAUGGGGAGCUGCGGCGGUGCCGGUGUCAGAACGCCGAUGCAGCUGUCUUUCGGACGUGACAAGAACUGGGGCCUUGUCGGUUUUGGCCACCGCGCCCUCGACGCCAUCUUCGUGCGCUGUAUCCCGAGUAACAUCGACGAAUGUGUGCACGAUCCUGUCGCGCUCGGUGUGCUACGCGGCAUCUCACUCACGCACUCGCAGCAGCUCUUCUACCUAGGCCCGGAGCUGGUGAACCACUUGCACGACCUCACCGAUGCAUUCGCCACGUCUGGUCACCGGCGCGCGCUGCCUUACAAGCGCGUCCUCUCCGUGUUGCUUGAGGCCAUCAGCUGCUCACGCGUCAUCGACUACGAGCGCACGAACAACUGGAUUACAGCAGUUAUUCAGGAAAGAUACGUCGUGCGCGGCUUGUUCCAGCGAGAGGAGCUGCACGCCCACAUUGUGACCGCCACGCUGACAAUGCUUAUCCGGCAGUAUCAGGAGAUGGCGAAGGAGUGCGCAUCUAAAGUGGUCGACCUCGGCUCGAUGCCGGACUUCACGGAGGGCGAUCAGCUUAUUGAGCUUGUCUGGAAGGCCCUGCAAGACACCAUCGGAUCCUGGGAGGACGCCGUAGCCACCGCUGAGAAGCACCCUCUGACGUUGUUUCGGCACAACAUCGACAUUGUCGUGCAGCAUCUACUCCGGACUGAGGUGGAGCGGCUGCGGUGUUACUACAUCAUUACGAGCGCCACCGCCGCCUACCACCAGUCGCUCGUCGGGAUGUCGGCGGGAACGCGCACGACCGGAAACCAGAGCGGCUGCCCUCCUGCCGUGCCACAACUCGCACCGGGACGGGAGGAACAGCGGGGGGCUAAUCGACGUGGGCGAGACACCCUUCGUGGACAGGAUGGUAGCACACGGCGCCACAGCGGUGCGCCGGCGGCGGCCCCCUAUGUUCCAUCCGCGGAAGAGGAGUCGCUGCGCAUUUCGAUUUGCAGCAACAUCAUCAAGCUCCUCCUGCUCCCCACUAGCAUCAUGAGCGCGCUUCCGAGGACGGAGGAGGCGAAGCAGCUGCGUGCGUCGCUCACAGAGGCGGCGGCGCGCGUGCUGAGCGUCGUGACGGCAAAGGAGUUCAACAGCCGCGACGACACGUCUGUAAUGACAACGGCGAGCGGCCGCGCCGCCACCUCCGCAGCACCGCGCUCCGUCAGUCCGAUUAGCGCGGCGGCAGCGACGCCGAGGAUACGGCACGCCGACGCUGGCGCUGCAGGCACCGAUCUGCUUGCUAUAUCGCGGAGGCAAGCGCACUUUUCCAACAACUUCUACCGCUGCGUCGAGGAGCUCAUACACGAGCUUAUCCACACAAUUCUCCAGCAAAGCGUGCCGGACGACGCGACGGCCGUCGCCAACCGAAGCGUUCUCGGGGGUGUGUCAGACGCGCGUCUGUCGACGCCGUCUACCUCGGACACGAACAGCGACGCGAUCUUGCGUGGCAUGGUGGCGGCGGUGUGCAUUCAAUACAUGUGCUUCACAAACCAGCAUCUUCGCUCGUUUGCCAUUUCAGAGGUGAUGGACGCCGUCGUGCGCCUCUCUGCUCGCUGUGGCGCUGAGGAAGCGGCGACGGCCACGCACGGGUCUCUGGAGCGUAAGAGCAGCAGCAAAACAGCGCGCGCCAGCGGCAGCGACAGCAAUGAGAGUCCGGCAGCGGCUCCACAGGGAACCGUUGUCGGUGCCGCUGCCGCUGCUGCAGACCCGGAAGAGAAGCGGAAGCUUGCAACGCACGUUCGCGCUCGCCAGCUGGCGCUGUGUUUCGACGCCCUGUCCGCGAUCCUGGUGCCGACCGUCGUUGUGGAAGGCUACCACCACGUGGCGGAGGAGCAGGAGGAGAGGGCCGGCCUCGCGCGGAGCUGCACAACGACGAGCGCACGUGGUAACUCGAAGCGCGAGGAACUGUCACGCUACGGGCAGCUGUUGUGCGACACCUACGUGGACUCACUGCGCGAGCAUCUCUGGGGCCUCGGGGAGGGGAGCGUGAGUCACCACAAGAUGCUCACGCCGGUGAUGGCUGUUGCUGUCAAGGCAUUUGUGAAUUUGGUGCUUCGGGUGCAUGAGCGGCUGCGCGGGAUGUCGAGCAUGGCGCUCGCGCUGGUGCAGGAAGCGGAGGCGGCGAUGGAGGGAUCAAAGAAGGGGACCCAGCGGUCUGCAGCGGCAAUUGCGAGGGAUCGCGCGCGACUGCUGCAUGCCUUCAACGCGGAGCGCAUGAGCGUUGUGCUGCUCCUGCGUGGUGUCAUCCAGAACAUGCUCAGCGUGGCGUGGCCGUCGUCAGGGGUGCUGUACCAGGACCGGGCAUGCAGCUGGGAGAGGCCCCUGAACAACAAGACGGCGUCCGCCGUGAUGGCACCGAUAGCGCUGGCGGUUCUGUCGCCGUUUUUUCGGCCCUUAGCGAUGCUGCUUCACCUUUCCACUCUGUUUCCGGCCCGGUCACUAAGGCAGCUCUGCACGCACUAUCAGUACGCGCGCUACCUCACUCUCGAGGACCCCAGCACGAGCGAUCAAUACGUGUUUUAUUACUACCGCCGCCUAUCGCGCGCGCUUGUGGCGGUCGAGGUGGACGACAGCGGCGGCUCUGGAGCUGGCUCUGCGGAGCAGAUAGAGUUUGAGUGCUGGGCGCUGUUUCGCUCAUGUUGGAUGAUGUUCUCCUACUACAAGUACACGGCAGAGGCACUCAUGGCGGUGAGGGCUGGGGGCAUGGCGCCUAUGGAGAGCGCGAACCCAGCUACAGCCACGGCCGCGCUUGCCCGCGCGCCGAUCUUGUCGACGAAGCAGUGCAAGCUACUGUGCCUCAUCGCCGCUUCGGCGGCACCACUCCUGCGCAUGUGCUCGUCCGACGUUCAGCAAGCCAUGGCUGACAUCGCCGUGCUCCUGCGCUACACGCUGGCCGGCGCGCUUCACUGCCCCAUGGUGGUCGCUGACGUCACCGCAAAGAGCGGUAUUGUGCACGCGUCACUGUACAAGUCGCUGAAGCGACUCUGCGGCGGCAGGAAGGAGUGCUGGAAGCGGCUGAGCACAGGGGAGUUAAUGCUUCUCCAGUGCGUGGCGGAGCUAGAGAUCCUGCGUGCGGCAGCGGGGUCAGUGGCACAGCUGACGCUCUACCGUCACUUUGAGGUGCGCGAGUUUGUUGCGAGCGCUGCAAUACCGGAAGCGCUAGGCCACAUCCUGAGCACAGCGUGCGACCACUACAUCGAAGCGGUGCGCAGCAUGCUGCCGGGUGUCGCCUUCCAGGUCACUCGUACUGACCUGAUGCAGCUCGUCUUUCUGGUGAGCUUCGCGAUCGGGUCGGUACGCGAGUCCGCAAGCAAGCUGUUGCUGUGCGUGGUGAGGUCGUUUCCUACUUACGCCGCCUACGCCAGCGCGUUGCCGCUCCUAUGGUGCAUGCUGGACCUCCUCGAAGCCGGCACAGCCUGGCAGAUCGAGUCGCUCUGCGAACAUGUUCGCUUUCCCGCUGUCCCUGCAGUGGCCGCCGACCCGCACAGCGUGGAGCGCCAGCAGCACGUGCUGUUCGUCGCGGAUGUCGCGAAGCGGUGGGCUGCCAUAUUGCAGGACGAGGCACCGAUAGCCCUCUUUGAAACGGCCAUCAAGUUCAUGGUCGUCCAGCAGCAAGAGUGCGGGGAGCAGGCAACGACGCAGGCCGGCAGGCACCACGCUGGAUCCCGGCUUGCUGCCCUGGCUUCCCAGUACCGGGUUGAGGAGGCACCACCCAAUUUGGACGACAGCGCCAUCACUGUCAUGCGUGGGGCUGGGGCAGCUGGCCAUGUCGUCAAAACUGAAUACGCGCAGACGCUGCUGCUGCAUGGUCGUGCGCAGGGUGCGAUGCAAGCUUCCAGCUGGUACGCGUCUGCUGAGCAAAUGCAUAGCACCGUGGUGGCGCAGCUGUGGGCAGCCACGCGCCUCUGCCGACGUGACCUGGCCUCGGCGGUGGCGCAGCGGCUUGAGUCCAAUCUCCUGCGGCCUGCCCGGGCCCUUUUCGUGGAGACUGGCUACUCUGUGGGCACGGUGCUGGCGCCUCGCGCUUUCACCGUCGCCGACGAGGAUGCUGCAGCGCGGGAGGAGGUGGGUGUGACGUCGGUGCCGCUCGGCGCCCCAGCCCGCGCCGAGACGGCCGCGAGCUUCGCAGCCGCCGUAGCACUGCUCGCCAAGGGCAGUGGCACCCCCAUCGUACGGCGGCAGCUGCUGCAGUACCUGGUGCAAGGCGCCGUGCAAACGUUCCGCUCCGAUGUACUGUACGAAGCCAUCCUGUGCUGGAAGUGGCUGCUGAGUCAGAACCGUGAGGCUUACCUGUUGCCGAUGCUGCAGGAGCUGGACACGGCUUUCGUAUGGACGGCCGCCAAUCGGCUAGGGCUGUUUGACGGCUACUGCUCCUCCAAGAACCGGCAGGUGCAGACAGGUGAGGUGCCGAUCCCCCACAACACCGUCUCCGCGAGGGGGCAGAAAGGAGCCGGUGUGCCAGAGGAAGCUGCUGUGUACGUGGCCGACAACGUUGACAGCGCCUCCCCGCACAAGCUGCUCUUCUCCUUUCUUACCGAUAUGUACGUGGAGGAGGGCAGCCCGCUGUGCCUCAGCCCCGAGGUGCUUCGCCAACUGUACCUUGUCGCGGCGCACAUUAUGCAGUUCGCCAAGGUGCUGUCUCUGCGAGACGACAUGUUUGGUGAGACGAUGCGCUGCUUUCUCGUGGUCGGCAGCAUCGCGCAGCUGCUGAGGGAGGCGAACGUGCGCCAGCUGCGCGCUGGCCUCUUGACGAUAGUGCCCUUUCCCGCCAUCGGCGCGCUGCGUGAGCGGUGGUACAAGGCACUGCUGCGGUGGUUCACCAAGAUGCCGCCGAGCUGGUACUACGCCAAGGAUCCGGUGCUGGCCAGAGAGGAGGCGAAGGUGGUGAGCUCGCUGUCGCAGCUGCUAAAGGAGGAGGCUGACCUGCUCACCCGCACAACUCUCGGUUUCCUGGACUUCAGCAGUGGUGUUCAACGCGAGCGGGGCAUGCCACUUGUACAUCACUGGGAGUCGCUGAGCGUCGUGCGCGAGAGCGUGGCUGCGGUGCGGCAGGCGGCCGACGGUGGCGAGGCAGGCUUGCGGAAGCUGAUCGCGCGAGAGAAACUGAGGCUUCAGGGCUUGCUGCAUCUGCUGCGCGUCCUGGUGGAGCACGAGGCGCUGCGGCUAAGUGUCUGGCGCACGCCGCGCCGCACGCUCAAGAUACCCAACACGACGCCCUCCGUUGGCUGGGCAAAGCUGAUCGAGUGCGCUGAUCAUCACAACCCGGCGGUUGUUGUCUCCAUGGUCUACCGCUUCUCGAGCAUCCCAGCCGUGCGGUUGGCGGCGUCGCAGCGUGUUGUGGCACAUCCGGAGCGGUACUCGAACGUUGCGGAGGCGGUGGACCUCUACCUUACGGAGGACGUGCUGCGCGCUGGUGCGCCGCGGCUGUUUCUCUUCUGCUCCUGCACCAUCAUCCAAGCCCUCCGCCUGCUUGACCCACGCUACGCCGCCUACAAGGCGGUGAAUAGCUACGCCAUCUGCAGCCUGCUCUCACAGCGCAGCGAAAACCUCAUCUUCUACCUGCCGCAGCUACUGCAGCUCUUGGCGACGGACGAGAGCGGAAGCAUCGAGGCCUUCCUCGUGCGCAUGAGUGCGAAGAGCACCAUGUUUGCGCACCAGUUGCUCUGGAGUCUGCAAACCGAGAGCGAGGGCAGCGGUGCCCUGGCGAAAAAGUGCCAGCAGGUGGAGAGGCGCGUCAAGGCAGUAUUCACGCCGAAUGAAGAGGCCUUCUACAAGUCCGAGUUCGCUUUUGUGGACCUCAUGACGUCGGUGUCGGGGGAAAUCAUGAAGUUCGACAAGACCGAGCGCAAGGCGCAGCUGCGGCUGAGGUUGAAGGACGACAUCUUCCACGCCUUGCCCAAGUUGCGGCACCUUUACCUCCCCACGGAUCCGAACUACCGGAUCACCGACGUCAUCCCGCACACGGCGGGGGCCAUGCAGAGCGCUGCCAAGUGCCCGAUCCUGGUGCAGUUCACGUGCGUCCCGCGUACAGCGGAGGACACGCUGACGCCAGACGACGUCGACUCGGCGGCUGCCGACGAGCACGGGCACGGUGCGAUGAACAGCCACGGCAGCGCCGUGUCGCGGCAGGUCGUGAAGGCGUGCAUUUUCAAGAUGGGUGACGACUGCCGACAGGACCAGAUCUCGCUGCAGCUCAUCGGUCUCAUGCAGCGCAUCCUGAACUCCAUUGGCGUGCCGUCCUUUCUCUACCCGUACCGUGUCAUCACGACCGGGAAGAGCAGCGGCGUCAUCGAAUGUGUGCCUCGGUCGAGGAGUCGCAAUGAAAUCGGCAAGCUCGUCGAGUCGAACGUUGCAGAGUUUUUCGUGCAGACAUUUGGCCAUCCCGAGUCCGCCGGCUUCCGCCGCGCUCGCGAAAACUUCGUGAGGAGCACGGCCGCGUACUCGGUCGUCUCCUUCAUCCUCAACAUCAAGGACCGCCACAACGGCAACAUCAUGAUCGACGCCGACGGCAACCUCGUCCACAUCGACUUCGGCUUCCUGUUUGACACCUCGCCGGGCGGCGACAUUAACUUCGAGUCGUCGCCGUUCAAGCUGACGACGGAGAUGGUGCAGCUCAUCGGCAUGGACGUCAGUGGCGAAUCGACGCUGCAGAGCAAGACGCUUGCCCGCGCUCUUGUGGACGAGGAAAACUACAUCUACUUUAAGACCCUCGUGAACCGCUGCUACCUCGCCGUGCGGCAGUAUGCGCGUGAGAUAUGCGUGAUGGUGGAGCUCAUGCUCCGCAGCGGAUUGCCGUGCUUCAAGCCAAAGAAGACAAUCGCCGACCUCGCGCAGCGGCUGGCCGUUGACAAGAACGAAAUUGAGGCUGCCGACUAUAUGCGCCGCCUCAUCCACGAGUCGCGGCAGAACUUCAGAACCGUCCUCUACGACUACUACCAAAAGGUCGCCGAGGGCAUCGAAAUGUGA